CAAAAGCGUGAAAAACGAUUUCGGAAUUUUACUCUGGGUGGAUCGUAGUAUCAUCGAUGGAUAGGGAUAUUGCGGGUGGAAUUGUUUUUGGAUCAAGAUCAUGUAUUUCUGUUCUGUGAACUACCCACCAUCCACGAAACAAUGACGGAUACAAACACAGACGAGAAGAAGUCGGCCAUGGCCAUGAGUCAGAGCCCCGGCGACCGAAGCCACUCCCGCAACAAAUCCGUGCAGUGGGCGGACUGGGAGUUGAAAGAUGUGAUGGAAUUCACUGAGGAGACCAGUGCGCAAGCCGUCAUCGAUGAGUACUCGCAAACAGAACUCGAUAUAAACAAUAAGGACGAUCCCUUAUCAUUACUAAACACUCUUGUACAAACAUCAGUAGAAAUCAGCUCUCUAGCGUCCCGGGGUUCUCGCAGUCCGUCCCUUGUCACCUGCACGACUAUGGAGGAAGAAGACGAGAAGCGCGCCGCCCUGGUGGACCUUAUCACCCACCUAGAGGACACGGCAGCCUUGCUUAGGGAGUACCUGACACCCAUCAAAGCCGAAUCUUUCAGCAGUUCCAACAUCGCCUCCUUUGAGCAAACCACUUUCUUGCUCAAAUACCAACUUGUACUGGUUGGCUUCACUCAGCUAAUUAGCAUCUUAUUACUUUCACUAUUCGAUCAUUUGUUGGAGAAAGUCCACGACACAGGAUAUAGUGCGUUGACCAUUUCCUGCAUGGUUAUUCUGCAGAUACUAAAUAUGGUGUUGGUGGCCUUUGCAACAGCUGUCCUCUCAAAGCAAAUGUUGAUGUCCAAAGUAGAAGGCACAUUAAUGGCCCAGACAUAUCUGGCAACAGUCAUUACCAUGGCUGGCUUAUACUUCAUGAUUUAUCGAAUUGACCCUGAGAGCUGGGAUUUUGGCUCUACAGACAAAGCUAAAGAAUAUAUAGCUGUAGGUCAAUUCAUCAAAAUGCUGUACUUGUCAGUUUCUGCUGCAACUCUGUGUGGAGCUGCUAAUAUACAACCAAAUUCUUGGUAUGUGACUUUAAUACUUUGUUUCCAGAGUUUAGUGAAUUUUGUCUACUUUGCAUCAAUUUUAGCACAGACCAUAGGAAAUUAUCACAGUUACACAGUUCAAGUUCGUAGAUCCAGAUCUAUGACUCAUCUGAACUCAUGAGCAUCAUCCAAUUUUGUAUUAUGUAAAUAAAGUUAUUUAUUACUG